AUGCCGGAAAUUACAAACUCUAACAAAAUGAUUGAAGACGAAACAUACGAUAUUUUGAGAAAAAAAUGUGACUACCUGAUCUUCGUGACUUUCUCUUUUCUUGUCUCUUCGGCAAUAAAAUUAAUUUUUUCGGUUAUUGAUGGAUUUCGAAAUGUAAAAUCCUCCAAUACCAACAGGUUCAUUGCUUAUACUCUUCUUUUUUUCGAAUUUCACACUAUAAUACUGUUUUUUUUGUUCAAUUGCAAUUAUUAUUUAUCACAUUUCACAAAGAUUUUUAAAGUUAUGGGCAAUUUGUGGGUUAUGAUAUUAUUCAUGCCAAUUUGGUACUCAAUUCACAUAUUUGCUAAUGGUUUUGGAGCAUUGGUUUUAUGGAAAAUAAGCAAUCUGAAACGAGAUUAUUAUGAAGAUGAUAUAUACUUGGUGAUCUAUGGAGGAGAAGAGAGCUCGAGAAAGAAAAUGGAAAUUAAUAAACUCUGA